AUGCAGCGCAAAAGCUCGUCGGGAGCACACGCCCAUCACCGCAUCACCAAGCGCGCCGGCUCGACCCCCCACGCCGCCUCCGCCGCCCACUCACACCACUCCCACCACGCCCACGAUGGCAUGGACGGGAGGCAUAAGCGUUGCGACGGUGAAUUUCCGUGCAAACGCUGCAAGGAUGACGGCCUGGUGUGCACGGCCGGCGUCCGCAAGAAGAUGGAGUACAAGCAGCUACCAAAGGGGUACGCCGAGGUUCUGGAGAACACGCAGCUGGCGCUGAUCGCCACCGUCCACAAGCUGUACUCCAUGGUGCGCAGCUCUCAGCCGUGGGACCUGGGCGAGCCCGAGCUCAACGACAGGGGACAGCCAAUCAUCCACAACAUCGCCCAGAAGCUAGGCUGCAUCCGACCAAACUCCGACAUCGACCUUCCCGUGCACUCCGUCUUUCCCGAGGACGAGGGCGGCAUGCGCGAGCUGGCCCUGCAGCUGGAGGAGCAGCAGCGGCUCGAGGACGGCAACGGCGGCAGCGGCGGCCCUGCAGCCGCCGCCGCCGCCGCCGCCGCCGCCGCCGCCACCCCCGACAACGCCGUCGUCCUUCCCGCCACGGUCGACGACAGCGACAUGAACGACUGUCCCGUCAGCACGACGACGGCUACUACGGCGACAUUCCCCACCAUCGGCCGGCAGCAGCAGCAGCAGCAGCAGCAGCAGCAGCAGGCCCGCACCUCCGAAUCAUCCUCCUCCGAUCUAGAUCACUCCGACUUCGAACAGCUCCAGCAUGAUUACCGAGCCAUGGCGUUUGGCGGCGGCGGCGGCGGCAGCAGCAGCAUGUCCCCCCAGAGCUUCACCACCAGCAACACCGACUUCGACCUCUCCCCGCACGACUCGGUCGACCCGUCCGUCAUGUUCCCCCCCAUCGGCACACCCUCGUUAUCGCACAAGCAGCUCCAGCUCCAGCAGCAGCAGCAGCAACGACAGCAGUCCGUCAUGACGGAAUACUGGCAGCAGCAGCAGCAGCAUCAGCAGCAGCAUCAGCAUCAGCAGCAGCAGCAGCAGAGCCACCAGCACCACAGCCAGCACCACAGCCACCACAGCCACCACCAACAUCAGCAGCCACUCCAGCGGCCGCAGCCGGAAGGGAAUUCAGCCGCGGUGGCGGUGGCCACGGGGGCGGGGUCGGGGGCGGUACCGAAGCAGCACGACGAGACCCUGGACCCCAUCACCAUCCAGCAUAUACUCCAACAUCAGGCCAUGCUGAGCGGGCUCGACAUGCUCGGACCCGAUCUGCAGAACCGUCUGAUGCACCAGGGCCUGGUCGAGUCGGAGUUUGGUACGCUGAAGCCCCAUGUCCUGUCCGGCGCGAACUCGGAGGUCAUGAUGGGCAUGGGUGAUCCCAUGAUCUUUGCGGGGGCGGCAUACGAUGGGGAACUUUGA